AUGAUGUCUUAUCCUUUACAACCUUAUAAUCCAAAUAAUGGAGCUCUCGUUGAUCAACAAUUACAUAGAGCUAUUCCUAAUGGUUUUAAUGGUGGUGGUGAUGGUGAUUUGUUCGGUAUGUUUUUCGGUCUUGCUAAUCGAUUGAUGGCUGAAAUUCUACGAGGUGGUCCUAAUAUUGGUGGCAUAUCAGCAUGUAUGGGUUCAGAUCGAACUAAUCCUUUUGCAAAAGCAUUUGGUAUAAGUUCAAUGAAUGUGACACAAAUCUCAUGUGGACCUGAUGGUCGACCACAUAUUGUUCAAGCACAUGAUGAACGUCGAAUGGGACCAGGUGGAAUAUGGCAAACUAAAAAAGCAUUACGCGAUCCAGAUCGUGGCAUUGACAAGAUGCAAGUCGGUUAUUUUGUUGGUGAUCGUGGUGAAAUAAUUGAACGUCGACUGGAUCCAUAUACAGGACAAUAUAGACAAGACAUUCAACGACGUGGAAUUGCUCCUAAUGAACCUAAUUUUUCACAACAUUGGCAAAUGCAAUCGCAACCAGCUAUACAACAAUCAUUUCCACCGUCACCACAACAAUAUCAAUAUUAUCCACAGCAACAGCCACAACUUCCACCCUAUCCACAACUUCCACCUCAUACACAGCAACCACAAAAAGCUCUUCCAGCCCCUUCGCCCUAUCAAUACAUAUAG